GCAUGCGCGGCCGGGAGACGCGGGGCUUCCGGCGGGCGGAGGCGGGACCUGCAGCGAGCCGGGCGACCGGAUGGCGACCCGGACUGGCAUGGCCCGACAUGUGUUCCUAACGGGGCCGCCAGGCGUUGGAAAAACAACAUUGAUCCAGAAAGUCAGUGAGGUUUUAAAGUCCUCUGGCAUGCCUGUUGAUGGAUUUUAUACAGAAGAAGUCCGACAAGGAGGGAGAAGAAUAGGAUUUGAUGUUGUCACUUUGUCUGGCACUCGGGGUCCUUUAUCUAGAGUUGGGCCAGUGCCGCCUCCUGGAAAACGUGAAUACCGAGUUGGGCAGUAUGUGGUUGAUCUGACUUCCUUUGAGCAGUUGGCACUUCCUGUCUUGAGGAAUGCAGAUUCCAGCAGUGGCCGAGGGCAGAGGGUGUGUGUCAUCGAUGAGAUUGGGAAAAUGGAGCUCUUCAGCCAGACUUUCAUCCAAGCUGUCCGUCAGACACUGUCCACCCCUGGAAUUGUAAUCCUUGGCACAAUACCAAUCCCUAAAGGAAAACCACUGGCACUAGUGGAAGAAAUAAGAAACAGAAAUGACGUGAAAGUAUUUAAUGUUACCAAGGAAAACAGAAACAACCUUCUGCAGGAUAUUGUGACGUGUGUGCAGAGUGGCAGGAAGUGAAGAUAAUUUGUGUUACUGCUUUUCUCCAGGCUGAAUGACGAGAUCUUGGGCCUUACAGGUUCAGACAGAGCCCUGCUGUGUCCUCUUGGAACUUUACUGUGUCUAGUUUCCCAUCCAGAAAAAAGGGGGAAAGUGGCUGUCCUCAAAGGAUGGCAUUGUCACAUCAUGAAAAAAAAACAAUCUUCAACCACUCUACAUAAUUCCAGUAAAAUUGCAACUGGAACUGUGCAAUAGACUGGGUUUAUUAAGAAUAAUGUUACAAAAAUUUAAAAUUCAGCCUAUACAUUUAAUACUAUAGUAAAAGUAGAAAUUCCGAUGGAAAUUUUGCUUGCAUUGAUUUCUGGGAUGAACUCAUAAAGUAUAAAAACUGCCCUCCAAGGGACUGAUGGUGCUGGAGUGAUAAACAGUUCAGUGGUUUUAGGUCUUUUUUGUCAUGAUGAAUGGCCAAGAUUUUUUUGGCAACUAGGGUUAGGCACAAAUUUGACUGGUGCUAAUGCCAGGGUGUGUUUCCCAUUUUGUAUUUGUGGAAAAAUAUUGAAGCAUUCAGCUGGUUGGCAGGUACAGAUUGAGGGUUGGCUGUGAGCGAGGCUCUGGGGUUGCGGUGGACAGAGUGGGAGAAAGUGCUCGCUUUGCUAAGAAUAUGAUUGCAGCUUGUGACAGCCUCUUAAAUUUAAUUCAGAAUCCCUUUCCUCAGUGUUUUCUUCCAUGAUAACUUCCUGAAGUUUGACCUGGAUUUGCCAACUCUUUGAGGGACCACAACAGAGUUUAAUAGAUUAUUACACACAGGUUAUGUGUCCAACAGGAGGAAAAGGGUUUCCUUUGUACUGUGCCUGCUCUGAUUGGGUGUGUUCAGGGAGGCCUAAUGCAGAGCUUACUAAUGUUUCACCGUGCCAAGCAUGACAUCCAUCCCAGGGUCACGGGGCAGGAGGAGGACUGAGCACAGGUGUGUUCCAUGUGCCUCAGCAUGUCAGGAUGGGCCGUUGCCUCGAAGGCUGUUCCAGGCUCUCACAAAAUGGAAGUCCAUGGCAGGUUGGUGAUCCCGGGAGCCUCACUGUACCAAGGACCUACUUUCAUCUAACUCUGGUGAAAGCCUUCUUGGUGAGCAUGCUCAGCCCUGGGAGAACCUAGAAACGGAGGGAGGCAGCCUGGGGAAGUGUUGUCUCCAUGCACCCUGAGGACAGGCCUGGCAUCUGGGCCUGGUGGAGCUGGUCUGCCCCAGCUGAAAUGGGGCCUCUGUCAGAGGUUGGAGCCUUUGGGCACCUCCAGGAAGAUGUUCUGUGUUCACAAGGGUCUUUCAAAUGUCAGAAACAUAAAGGGACAUACAUAUUCCUUCUGUUUUUUGUCCUUUUGAGCUCAAUGUUUUCAGUCAGGACUAUUUAUAUAGUCUUUGAUUUUUUUUAUUAAGUUAGAAGGAAAGAUGAGAUUUAUUUCAAAGAAGGUAAAAUAGCUUGUUUGAAGGGGUUUAUACUGAAGCCAAAUGUGCUUAUGAAAGGGUGAGAUGCAGCUGCCUCCUAGAAAGUGUCCACAGUGUAAAACAGAUUCAGGAGUGACCGCUGAACAUGUGUGUGGUAUGGUGAGCUUCUUAUACUGAUAUAUAAAGAGUUUCUUUCCUGAUAAACAGCCUUAGAGAGUUUAAGUGGUUGCUUCAGGCUCAUAGCACUGGUAGUGGCAGAUAUGGAGUUUGAACCCAAGUCUAUGUGGCUCCAAAGUCCACUACCGCCUGCUGCAUCCUUGUUUGGGAUUCCUGUCAUUUGCUUAUCCUGUUCAGUGUAUCAUAUGCUCCUGGAUCUCAGAGUUGAUGUUUAGCUGUAAUAAACUGUAGCUGCUAUGAAUCCAGAAAACAUUUAGUGUCUCCUGUAUGCAAGGCCCUUCAAUGAUUACUGAGUUACUUUUGUUGAAUAGAACGACCAGGGACUGUGUUUGAAAAUGUUAGACACAAUCCCGUUAUCUCAAGAAAUGAAAUGUAAUGAAGGCUGAGAUGAAGUCAUGGAGAACUGCAAUUCAGGGCCAAAUAUUCACAGCUUUUAGAAACAAUGUUCUGUUGAGAUGUAAAGGAAGAAGAGGUGACACUGGGGGACCCGGAAAAGAUGCUGUGGCAGAACCCAUGUAGGGUUCACUCACUCACCGAGCAUAGACCAUGACCAGUGCAGGGGGAGACUGAACACCUGCCCCCGUGUUGGUGCUGCUUUCUGAGACGUGGAGCUCUUGGAGAGGAGGGUGUGGGGUGCCAGGGGCCAAUCGAGGUCACGAGUUCUCUUUUCAUACCAAAGUUUGAAAUGCCUACUGUUCAAAACAAAUGAAGAUAUCUAACAAAUCCAGAAUUCAAGGAAUAAUUUACUUUAAAAAGCACAAAAUUGAAAUGUGGGUUGCUUGUAUGUUGAAUUCAAGGUAGAAUAAUAAUAGAGUAGGACAGAACAGAGUAACUUGGAGAAUGAUUUUACUGAAAUGUUCUUUCCUCUUCCCCAUUUCCCUUCCUUAGCAGAUCAUACCACCAGCAGCCAAUUGACGCUUACAGAAUAUUUUAACAAUUGUUUCUUCCUUUUGGUUUGCCUUAAAUAAGAGUAAACCCAGGUAGGGAGCUAGACAAGUCUUUUAAAUUGAUCGACUGUGCUCUUCCUGUUUGGUGUGGAUGACAGGAAGAGGUUCCCAGUAAAGUUGCAAUUUCAUUCACUCACUGAUUCCCAGCCCUAAAAGGGCAGGGGGUGACAGUAGCCCAGAAAAAAUGGAAUAGGCUUUGCCACUUUCUUUUCCUUUCUCUUUCAGUGCUCACAGGGGUUUGGGACUGGGAGAAUGGAGUGUUUGUGUGUGUUUAUGCAGAUGCUCGUGUCAGUGUCACUUGAGCAAAGUGAUUUGGGGCAGAAACACUAGUAAAAAAUGGAGGUGGCUCAAGAAGAGAAGGAUAAACAAACAGGCAUUAUUAAUCUACAUUUUUUGGACAAAGGGAAGUUUGAGCCUCUAACGAUUUUAGAAAACUACUUGCCAGACACAGAUGGUUUCAACAUGUAGUGAAAACACAUAUUUAGAAUCAGUAAUGCCAAAUUAACUACACGGUUUAUAUAAAACCAAGUGCUAGAGUGUUAAUAUCUUUAAAGGAGAAACAAUCUUGUUUAGUGUCCAAAUUGAGAAAUUAACCAUAUAUGCUGGCAGAACAGUUGAAUUACUCUCGCAAGAAGUGUCAAUUCAGGAAUAUCUCCUUUAAAUGGCAAAAAUACAACAUUUUGCAAAGAAUACUCUUCAAUAAAAAGCUGACUGGCUGAGGACCAGAUUAGCAAGAUCAUGAAUUUUAAAAUGGUUGCCUUGUUGAUGCUGGCCAGACAGCCACAAAGAAUCCUUGAGUAACUCCAAAACUGUUUUUCCUUUUGUGGGUAUGUUACCUAUAGAUAGAAAUGUGUGUACAUAUACAUAUUUUUAAUAAGCAGACUCAAGGUGAUUUUACUCUUCCAUAGAUAAUGCAAAACAGAGAGUUGCAUUUAUAUCUAAGGAAUUCAGUCUCACUGUUGAUAGACUGUGAAUUUCCCUCCAUCCUCCAUCGCCCCAAAAGGCUCCACCAAGGAUGAGGAUAAGUAAUAAACAGAUUCAACGGUUGAGGAAACGUACGUAUCUCUCUCUAUUGGAACUAGAUAUAGGACCCCCCAAGGUACUUUCAGCUUCUGAUUUGUCAUUACAAAUUCUCUAUAGAUUGGUUUUCCAGCCUUUUGGGAAGAGUUUCACUUUUUGUGAAACAUAGUGCUAUUCUUCGUUUCUUCUGAAUGCUCAAAGGAGUGAUUAGCUAUACUUGGCAACUUAUUGCUGCUAGGCCCUUGUCUUUCGUUUUCUUACUGAGUGUAAGGAAAUGCCCUAUAUGAGGAGGCCACACUCACAGAGCAGGGACUGCUGUUUAGUUCUUACAGUUUUGGCAUUAACUUGCCCAAGAGGAUCUCAAUUUUGUUUGGCCAACUUAGAGAAUUGCAACAAGGUUGUAUCAGCUUUUCAUUAGACAGGUACUACAUAUAAAUAAAUAAUAAUAGCACUCUGUCUCUGAUCAUAGAAUCCACUUAUCAUUAUUAAUUGCUAAUUCUUAUUUUUAAAAUCAUCUGCUUCCAACAGGUAAGAUAUUCUCUGCAAUACCCUCCCUCCACUCCUCUCUCCAAACUUCUAGAUCCUAGAUACUUUGAAGAAAUUUGUAAUUGUUUUCCAAACUGAGUAUUUCUAACUAUUAUCUUUCCAAAGCAGACAGUUCAGCAGAUCAGUGGUUAUAUUCUUCAUGCUAUGCUUUAAGAUCCCCACCCCCUUCCUCAUGGCAGCACAAAUCCAGGUUUCUGCUCUACCCAAUAGGGAAUGUACAUGUAUCAGUAUGUGUUCAAAUUUCAUUCGUGCAGUAAAGGACAAACUAGAAAUGACAACAGUUUCAGUAAACCCAAACAACCAGAAACAUCAGUAACUAUAAACAUUUUAAUUUCAAAAACAAAGGUGUGUGCAGUUGUUCUGUGGUAUACUAAGGGCUUCUUGGUUUGGGAAACAAGCAUGCAUCCCUGCAAAGCACUCAGGAGUGCUGGGUGAAGCGGAGGCUUGGCUUUUUGUAGGAAAUCGCUUUGGCUGCAGUGGAGGAGCAGCACGUGACUUCCAUGCACUGACUUAAUUAGAUAUCUAAGCUCAUGUCAUUAUGUAUCCUGAUUCUUUGGCAGAAUACUUUAGCCAUGGCUGCAUGCACUACUACAUUUCUUGUAGUAAAGAUGUCACUACUGUAUACUUGGUUAACACCUGCAUAAAGAUUAUAAAGAAAUAAGCUUUUCUUAAAAUAUACCUAGAUGUAACCUUAAUGCAUUUUAUCAGCUGAUGGUGUAAUAAGUGCUGUUCAUUUCUGUUUCAUGGUAACAGUAAUGUGUAAAAUGCCAAUUAUUUAGCAUGCAGUUGUCUUAUUUUCAUCAGGGCAGGAAACAAUCAUGUGCUCUACUUGUUUUAUGACAUUAAACGGCUUUUGCUUGAAAUUUCA